ACGUCAAGCUGAAAGCAUCGCGGCAUUCUCUCAAAGGCUCACCAAGCCGAACACUCAGCAUACGAAAUAUUACGUAUACGCCGCGUGGAACUGUCUCCAAAAGAAAACCAUAACAGUGAAGUGAAGCUGUCAAAAAAACCCAACAAAAAAAUAUAUAAGGGAAAGGAAAAAAGAGUUUACCGCCUCGGCUCGUUAGUGGAAAAUUUUUUGCCUUUUGGCCAGUUUACGAGCGGCUCAGCAUAAAUUGGUAACGUCUGGUUUCCAUUUCUCCGCAUUUCCCAUUUUCACGGCCGUAAUGAGGCAAUGAGACGACGGGCAGCCGGAACAGCAGCUGUAGCGGUAGAAUCCGUACCGGAGCCAUGACAUCUGGAGUUCGCCGGAGUCUGGUGCUUUGGCCUCUGGCCGAGUGAAAAGGAUAGCUGCGAUACGGCAAGGCGAGCCGAGGCGAGGCGAGAGGGAGCGAUGCUGCGCGAUAUCUUUCUGUAUUUAGUUCUAAUCGUUUUAUUUUGCUUCAUUUUCAUGGCGCAGUUAAUCGUCAACGUUUACGCGUUCCAGCGCCAGCCGUCGCCCCAGAAGGCGGAGCGCAAUGAAAUUAUAUUUGUCUAGAAGACAGACCUCUGAACCACUCGAGGAAAGCAUAAUACCAGCUGAACCACCCACUCACCUUAAGGGCAAAACAAAGAAAAAAUUAGCCAAGUGCUGAGAGAAGAGAUAACUUUAAUGAUUUAUUUAUAAUUUUUUUUGUAGAAUUGAAUGCCUAAUCAAGACUAGUUAUAGCCUAGGAAUAUAACUAGGCAUACACUUCAUGAUAACUUUCU